CGUCUCGUAAGACAAUGAAUGGUUCAUACGUCCUUAAGCAACGGCUCAUACGGCCGUAAACGCGGCCUCCCCAUUAUGACGACAGAAGAAAAGUCAAAUUCUGCGCUACAAUGACGAGUGGCAACGCAGGCAGCUGGGCAACACGACGUCGAAUGCGGGAGCAGCAGCACCAGCGCGUUUGCGCAGUAGCGCUGUGGGAGGAGACGACGACGCUCGAACCAUUGCCGACGACGACAGCGUCAGGGAACUCCGACAACGACGGCGCAGGGUACGCAUAAACAGCUUCGCUGUAAAAGAACAAGCGGAAGCAAACGACAGACGGGACCCAAGAGGAAGGCGUCAUCGCCGAUUGGUGUCGUCCACCCCGUCCUGUGGCAGCGUGCGCAAGCGUCCGAGUGGCGACCGCCGAGCUCAUUCUUGUCUAACGCAAUUCGUCGAAGGCGACAGCUGCGUUGCACUGGCCGGACAUCGUAUAAUCGUGAGGCACGCGAAAAAGACGAUCGCCCCGCAGCACGAGACCACGCGCACUUGGUAGAGGGCAGAAAUUGCGCUGGUUUGGACCAGAAGCCGGGAGCACAAGGACGAAGAAGAAGAAGAAAAGAAGAAGUGUUCGGUGGCACCUGCCCGGUCCUCGGAAGCGCAAGCACAGACCUUUCGACAGUCAUGCUCUUCGCCCUCGCAGUUGUCGCCGCAGCAUUCCUAUUCAUGCUCAAGAAGGUCUCCUGGACUGUGGUGAAGAGCACCAGGCUGCUUCUUGGGCAUUGCUUUCACUGCCUCAUCGAAUGCACUGCCAUGGACCUCAUAAGUCAGGGCUCUGAACACCUGUCUGCGAACAUAGACGAAGCGUUCGCAAGCCUGCUCGCAGCCUGCGGUCAGCAGUCAUUCGCGACGUUUGACCAGCUCUUCAGCCACAUUGUUUUAAAGGAGGAAGGCAAGUUCGAGAAGAUUGCCGAGGGCAACAACUCGGAGGUCUUCCGCAUCCAGACUUAUACGGGCGACAGCGUGCUCAAGGUGGUGAAGCUCGGCUACACGCAAGAGUCGCAGCAUCGCCUCUUGACCGAAAUGAAGAUAGCCUCGAGGCUCACAGCGCUAAGAGACAGGCUGGACUUCUUCACGAAGGGCUUCGUCGAACUCAAGAGCGUCACUUGCGUGUUCGACAAAUGCCCCGCAGAACUCCUCGAGGCCCGAGAACAAGCAGCCCGAACGCUACAUGAUGAGCGCCGAGACGGAAAUGAGUCGGCUCGAACACCACGAGCGUACCUGGUCUGGCACAUGUCAUACGGCGGCGUUCCUCUCGACAAGAUCGAGCUCAACCGUGUCAAGCUGGUGGAGAAAGACAUGGAGGAGCUAAAGGGAGCACGCGACGAAGCUGUCGAGUUCUUGAAGCUUGAAAACGACAUUGCUGUGAUCGAGAACCAGAUUUUCAAGUUCUACAGACUUCAAAAACUCGUUCCUGAAAAGGAAGCCAAGCUGAAACAGCUUGAAGCCGAGAUGACAAAAGUCAGCCAGCAGUACCAGGAGGCCCAAGAACAGCUUCGGGCCGACCGACAUCGGAUCGAAGAGCUUCGCUCCAAUGCCCAGGCCAACAGGUCACGGUCGCGAGUCCUCGAUUCGCUUCUGCAGGCUAAGAAGUCUGAGCAGCUGCCAGGUGUCAUUGGACGUCUUCGCACCUCGUGUAAAAAAUUAGGGGCGAAGACAACGACGAACGUGGGGUUCAAGCUCCGGGCCUCCAGCCUCCUGCUUCUCCUGGUGCUAUCAACUUUACCCGGCUGUAGAAGCAUCAUACUGGCCACCAAGAAACUGCAGGUGCAUCAUGUAGAACUCCAUGAUUCUUUUGUGAUGCCUUGCGCGGCCAAGGCAGGCAUACAUGUUUCGAAGGCUCGAUGGAGUGACCAGGCUGGGGGCACGGCGUGGCUCAACGAGGCGGUAGCAUCAAAGAGCACGGGUUGCCUGUGGUUUCCAGAGGUCACGGCCGUCCUAAGCGGCCACUACGUGUGCACGGGAUACGUGCAGUUGCCACGCGGCGAGGCGCACAUCAUGGUUCGCCACGAGAUCCAAGUGUUUGAGGGCGACAGGAACGGAACCGGAUGUCGCGGGGGAUAUGUGGUGAACGACCGCCGCUGCUACGUAUGCCGACCUGGAUACUACAGCCCUGGCGGUCUGUUCCGCGACUGCAUCCCCUGCGACUUCGGCUCCUACACCGUGCAGCAUGGCUCGCCCUUGUGCCUUCGGUGUCCGCCCGGCAUGACCACCUAUCGGCAGGGAAGCACCUCACCCAAGGAUCGCGAAGUGACCUGGGUGAUCUAUGCUUUCCUGUUUGGAAUAGCGAGCUUGACGUCACUGGUCCUCCUUAUAUGGGUGUCAAAAGCCUGGUCAUCCCAAUGGGAGGUUGGGACCGUCAACAGGGAGGACAAGCGUUCACGCUGCUUUCAGCCCAAGGUUCUUCCGCCUACUCGUAGCAGAGCUUCGGACCGACCCGUGAUGACGCGCCGUUCUGGAAAGUCGGCGACAGUGCAAGAGCAGCAGCCGCUCUUGGCGGCGACGACGGCUGCGUCGCGGCAAGUUGGAGCCACUCAGACUGACGGCCACUUCCACGUAGGCUCAGCGCACCGCGGAGUUCAAACGAAGCCCUGCGAUACAAAGCCUCGAGCGGUACCCUCAGGAGUCGGCACUCACCGGCAGCCGAGUACAGAGUGGGCAGCCAGUCGACGAAGUGCACGGGUCGGGACAUGACCACGCGGGAACCGGGCUCGAGCAGCGGGCUCCACACCAGCGCCGGCACACGGAUUCCGCCCUCCCACAGCGUGCCCUUGACGCCUCGCAGCGGCCAGUUGGAGCCAGCGUUCGAGAACGUUCCCCACGGCAUGCCCCCGUUGUCGCUGGUGAACACGAUGACGCUGUUGGCGAGCAUGCGACGUCUGUGCAGGGCCUGAACGAUGCGGCCGACGGACUCGUCCAAUGCGUCCACCGCACCUGGUGAGAGACAGCCGCAAUACGCCAGGUUUAGCUUGACGUACUCGUAAUGUGAACAAAGGAGGUUAUUGCAGCCACUGAAAAAACACUUUUAAAGAAGCACUACGAGUAAGCAUCAAACGUACAUUGAGUGGGAUUCGUCGUGUACAACAACUAUAAAGGCACACCAACAAGCGACGUUAAGCUUAGUCUGCUGAAGCGUCCUUCAGGGCUAUCGUAUUUGUUCGAAUAAAGGUCGACCUUUUUUUCCUUU